AGACCUGUUAUGGAUUUGAGGCCUACUGUGGACAGUCUGGAUCCUUCGGAAGAAUCUGACACGGCUGGGAGUGAAACCCCUGCGGUUUAUUCCCCAGCAACCAGUCCAGCACCUACGCCGGCAGAGGACCCGGACGACUCAACACUGGCCCAGGCCCCCCUACCACUGGCCAGUCCAUCUUGUAUCAUUCAGCCCCAGCCCAGACAUCAUCGCCAAGUCCCUCCCUCUACCUCUGGGCAAGAGAGUCGUGAGGUUAUUGACGCACGCGUCAUAGAUUUUCUUGCCCAGAGGCGGAGUGAUUGUGUGGAGGAGAAGAUGCUAAGGGGACUAGGGCCCCUAAUGAAGCAGGUAACUCCAAACGAGCAUCACGAGUGCCUGGCUUCAUUAGUAGUGGUCCUCAAAAUGUUCGCACUACCAAAUCAUGGCGACAUUCUAGGAAAAUUGAAUGGGAUGAAGAUUGAUUUAGAGAAUGCCGGCCAGCACCAAACACCUGGACCCUUUCAAUUUCAAACCCAACCCACCCAACCACCUUCUUUCCCCCCACACCACCAGUACGGCCUACCCCAGGGCCAAAUGCAAGGUGUGGCUCAGCCCCUUUACCCGGGCAGUUUGCAAACUGGACCACCACAGCAGGCCCAAGGAAGGCCACGGUCCUCUUUUCCAGCGGGUUCCUUUACUCAUGACCUUCUGAAUUUGUGAUUUUUUUUUGUAUAAAAUUGUUUUAUGUUCUUAAAUUGUUUUGUGCAUAAUGUACAAACCAUUGCCUUACAUU